AUGUUUUAUGUUUUUAGUUUUUUCCAAACUCAACUAACACAGCCUUCUCUCUCUCUAGAAUUUAGAAUUGAGUUACCGGCGGGAAAGAAAUCUCGCCGGGAAUUGGGUUAUCUCCGACGCCGGAAUCUUUAAAUUUUUGACUCUGGCUGAGGAAAUUAUUGUUUGUUGUGUUUUGAAAAUUUGGUAAUUUUAGGACACAAUGAUGAUUAUUAAGCAGAAACAAACAAAAAGUGAAAUAUUCGAUGUCUGUUUCUUUAUGUUGUUGUUGUUGUGGUGAAUGAUAGCUUGCAAGCAAAAUGCAGGUUCCAAAUAUAAAGCACAAGUUGUGGCUUCUUCAAACUUAAAGAGACACAAAAACAGAUCCCUUUGAUUUUUGUUCCUAUCUUUCUUUUUUCACAUUUCUUCUUCUUCUUCUUUUUUUCUCUUUCUCUUCUCAAUUUUGCAAUUUCUUGAGAGAGAAAGAGAGAGAAAAGUGUGGGAAUGAGCGAAAUUGGCCAUGGAAACUCAAUUUUGUUUUUUAAAGAUGAACAGCCAGGCGGUUUAGGCAUGUGGUCAAGUUAGGAUCUUUGGAGGUUUUUUUAUUUUCACUUUUGUGCAAAAAUUUCUGCUUUGUAAGUUUCGCUAUGCCAUUUGAAGUAACGGAUCAAAGAGGCGUGCCUGCCUCGACUCACUUCUUUGAAGAUAUUUCUUUUUCUUCACAGAGAGAAGUUGGAUAUCAAAAACCCAAAAGCAUUCCUUAUCACCAAGCAGGAAUGAAUGGAAUGAUAGCUACACCUGGAAGCUUGUUGGAUGCUUCACUACACGCAGGAAAACUUUCACCCAUUGGGACACAGUCUGUGGAUUGUUUGGAACUGCCACAGACAAGUCUACAUAGAGACCAAGCAGAAAAGCUACGUGUUAGUGGAAAUGAAGGCAUUGUCAGUUUGUCUAAUGCUUCAUGGAAAUCUAUGCAUCAUCAUAUGGGAUUACGGCCAAAUGUGUGUGUGCAGUUGCCUUCUCAUAGUUUGGAAGGAAAGACGACUGUUAUGAGUGGAACCAACCGUGAGAGUAGUCUGUUUUCAAGUUCAUUGUCUGAAAUAUUUAGUAGAAAGUUAGGAUUGCUGGGAAAUGAGGUUCCAUAUCAUCUUCCUGCUAGUGCUGUGGCUUCCUACCAUGAUGAAGAACCGUUUGAAUCUCUUAAAGAAAUUGAGGCCCAGACUAUUGGAAACCUCCUUCCUGAUGAUGAUGAUCUAUUUUCUGGUAUGACUGAUGGCCUGGCAUGUAAUGCUUAUGCCAAAAAUGGUGAUGACUUCGAAGAUUAUGAUCUGUUCAGCAGUGGAGGAGGCUUGGAAUUAGAAGGGGAUGAUCGUACAUGUAUGGGUCAAAGAAGUUCUGAUUAUAUCAGGGGACUUUCCAAUGGCCAAGUGGGUCCUAAUGGCUCAAUUGUUGGUGAACACCCUUAUGGUGAACAGCCAUCUAGAACACUUUUUGUGAGAAAUAUUAAUAGUAAUGUCGAAGAUUCUGAAUUAAAGGCUCUUUUUGAGCAAUUUGGAGAUACUCGCAAGCUCUAUACAUCCUGUAAGCAUCGUGGGUUUGUUAUGAUUUCUUAUUAUGACAUAAGGGCAGCCCAAGAGGCAAAGAAAGUGCUUCAAAAUAAAGCAUUGAAGCGUAGGAAACUUGACAUACAUUAUUCAAUACCAAAGGAUAAUCCUUCGGAAAGAGAUGUUAACCAGGGCACCCUGGUGGUAUUCAACCUUGAUUCUUCUGUUUCAGAUGAUGAGAUUCGCAAAAUUUUUGGCUUUUAUGGAGAAAUCAAAGAAAUCCUUGAUGCUCCACAUAAGUAUCAAUACAAAUUGAUAGAGUUUUAUGAUGUCCGAGCUGCAGAAGCUGCUCUUCGUGCACUGAAUAGGAGUGAAAUUUCUGGGAAACAGAUCAAGAUUGAACCAAGCCAUUCAGAGAUUGCAAGAUGGUGUUUGAUGCAACAGCCUGAGCAGGAGCAAGAUGGACUUAAUGUUUGUCAAAGCCCUUGUGACAAUUUAUCAUCAGGACACACGGCAACUGUCUCUCCUGGGGUUAUCGCAUCUAACAGUGUGGAUAAUGGAUCUAACCUUGGUUUACAUUCUGCACACCGAUCAUCUCUGAGUUCAUUUAUUGAAAAUGCGUUCCCUCAUAUGAGUUCAAGUGUUCCGAACAACUUGCCUUCUCCGGUGGGAGUGGCAUCUAUUGGCAAACAAUUUGGAGUUUGUGAGUCCAACCAUUCUCUGAAUGAAAUGAAGUUUGCUAACCAAUGCAUUCCCAAUUUACAUCCUCAUUCAUUCCCGGAGUAUCAUGAAAGUUUAGCCAACAGUGUUCCAUGUAACUCUUUGAGCACCAAUGCUGAUAUGGCUGGCAAUCUUGGUCCCAGGAUGACAGAAGGAAUCAACAGUAGGCAAAUUCACAGAAUGAGUUCCAAUGUUCAUCCAGUGGAACUUAAUGGAGGAGUUUUUGGUUCUUCUGGAAAUGGGAGCUGUCCCCUUCAUGGACACCAUUAUGCAUGGAAGAACUCCAACUCAUAUCAGCAACAUCCUUCAAGUCCUGUGAUUUGGGGGAAUUCGCCUUCAUUUGUUGACGGUGUUCCUGCUCAUCGCCUUCCACAAAUGCCUGGAUUUCCUGGAGGAUCACCUCAAUUACUGAACAUGUCACCCGUGCAUCAUCACGUUGGAUCCGCACCAGCUGUAAAUACCUCCCUCUGGGAUAGGCGACAUACCUAUUUAGGGGAGUCUCCUGAAGCUUCUAGCUUCCACUUGGGUUCUCUUGGGAGCAUGGGCUUUCCUCGUAGUUCUCAAUUGCAUCAUAUUGACAUUUCUCCUCACAGCACCUUUUCUCAUAUUGGAGGAAAUUGCGCAGACAUGUUGACAAAUGCCGGGCAACACUCUCCUCAGCAAAUGUGCAACAUUUUUCUUGGGAGGAACCCGAUGAUUUCAAUGCCUGCAUCUUUUGACUCUGCAAGUGAACGUGUGAGAAACCUUUCUCACCGUAGAAAUGAUGUGAAUUCUAAUCUUGCUGAUAAGAAACAGUAUGAACUUGAUACUGACCGCAUAUUACGUGGGGAAGAUGUCCGAACAACACUGAUGAUAAAGAACAUUCCCAACAAAUAUACUUCUAAAAUGCUUCUUGCUGCAAUAGAUGAGCACUGUCGGGGAACCUAUGAUUUUCUUUAUUUGCCAAUUGACUUCAAGAACAAAUGCAAUGUGGGCUAUGCGUUCAUCAAUAUGAUUGAUGCUCGUCAGAUUAUUUCAUUUCAUCAGGCAUUCGACGGCAAAAAAUGGGAGAAGUUUAAUAGUGAAAAGGUGGCCUCCCUUGCAUAUGCUAGGAUUCAGGGAAAAGCUGCUCUUAUUGCCCAUUUCCAGAAUUCAAGCUUGAUGAAUGAGGAUAAACGUUGCCGCCCUAUUCUCUUUCAUACUGAAGGUCCAAAUGCUGGUGAUCCGGAGCCCUUCCCCAUGGGUACCAAUAUUCGAUCAAGACCAGGCAGAUCUCGAACUAGCAGUAAUGAGGAAAACCACAACCUGGGAAACCCUUCAAUUUCUGCAAAUAGAGAGGAAUAUUCCAACGGAUCGGAUUCUUCAAAGGACUCUGAUUGAGCAAGCUGAUCUAUCACAUUAACCCUGUUUCUUACAUGGGGCAUAUUCUGACUGUUUUUGUGGCUGUAGAGAAGCGCUUUUGCAAGAUUUUGGAAACAGGAGCGCAUAACCAGAAUCAAGUGGUUUACUUCUUUUUUUCUUCUUUUUUUUUUUUUUUGAAAUUUCAAAAUGACUUAGCGGAUGCUCGAAAUUUUGGCUAGUUUUGAGUAAACAUUUUUACAAUGGACAUGUUCCAGAGGGAUGUAACCCCACUUUUAUGUGCAGUUCGUGGGGCAAUCCUGUUUUUGUUUUCAUUUUUUUUUUUUAAAUAUAAAUCUUGGUACUUUUCUAAGUGAUCUCCAUAAUUUUUUUCCUUCAAGUUUUUUGUGUCUUGUGGGAUUUUUUUUUUGUUUUAAGCUUGGGUGUGCUUGCUCAAAAGGGGAGUUGCCUAAAGCAUACUUGAGUAUUCUCGUUGGAAAUUUUGUACCGCUACCAUUGACGAAUUAUUCUAUUUUGUUCCUGAUUAUAUAUAUCUUCUUACAGCUUGGCACUUU